CGUCGACCACGUGACGCGCCGGCCUACGGCGCGGGAGAGGAGUAGGAGGGCCCUUGAAGGGUGCGCGUUCCCGUGGUGGUGCACCGGGUAGGUUUCAGUCAGAGUCACUAUGGCGGCCGGCGCUGGCAAGGUCGGAAAGUUUCCUGCGUCGUCGGGCACAGCCUGAGCGUGUCCCGUGGGCCGCGAGUUGAGGAGGCUGCGGCGAAGCCAGCCCAGGGCCUCCAGGCCUCUCUCCUCACCUCCCGGCCGGCCUCCCUCCCCCCCUUCUCGCCCGCCGGGAGCUGCGGCUGCUGUCCCUGAGAUGCGACCCUCGCGGGGGCGACCCUGAGCGCCGGCGGCCGCGGUGCUGAGCAGCGGCAUCAGCAGCCGGGAGCCCAAGCGUCCGGGGACUAACUUCCCGAGGCCAGAGCCCCGGCCACCGCAGCCUUCCGGGGGUCGCCCGCGCUCUGUCCUCACCGGCCCGCGGAGCCAAUUCCCCGCCCUGGUCGCGGGGACGCCGGUCAGGUGCCCGGGAGUCGGGGCCGGACCGCCGCCCGCGCCCCCGCAGCUCCCCAGCCGCUCCGCCUCGCGCCUGGCCGGGGACCCCGCACCCGCUCCGGGGCGGCUUCCGCGCUGCAGGGGCCAUGCAGACUGUCCUGCUGUCUGUCUAGACCCUCCGGCCUCCCGCUUCGUCUUUCGGCGCUGCAGCCGCGAGGCCCCGGCGGUGUCUGCCCGGAGGAGCCCGGCUCCCUCUUGCCCCGGCCGCGCGGAACCGACCCUUCCUUCAUGCUGCAGUGCCGCAACGUUUCCGCCACCGAGGGGGCCCAGCGGCCGCGAUCCCAAACAAAACGGGAGCAUCGGAGCGUGACUCAUCUGCUUGGAUACCUUCAGUCCCCAAACUGUCUUCCAGGAGUUUUCUUGGCCGUCGCUGUCCUAUGUGUGAGCCUUUCACCUCCAGGGAAGAUGGACUGAAAGCUGCGGGUCGGGGGCUUGGCGCUGCUGCGUUGUGCAGGAGGUGAUGGGGCUUGCUUUGGCUCGGCUUCCUACCCAAGAGAAGAGUUGUUGAUGUUCGCUGGUUAUGCAUAGACCAUGCGCAGCCUGUUGUAAUUUACAAAUUCUGGGGGGGUAGGGGGUGUAUGUAGGCUUGCGAAGGGCCUUCCUGAUCUGGUGGAACUCCUCUUUGUCUCUGGUCGGAGAGACACCCCCAGCCUGUCCUCGAUGCCGUCAGCCUUGGCCAUCUUCACUUGCCGCCCGAACUCGCACCCGUUUCAGGAGCGACAUGUCUACCUGGACGAGCCCAUCAAAAUCGGCCGCUCGGUGGCUCGCUGCCGACCAGCGCAGAAUAACGCCACCUUUGACUGCAAAGUGCUGUCCAGGAACCAUGCUCUCGUAUGGUUUGAUCACAAGACGGGCAAGUUUUAUCUCCAAGACACUAAAAGUAGUAAUGGUACCUUUAUAAAUAGCCAGAGAUUGAGUCGGGGCUCUGAAGAAAGUCCACCAUGUGAAAUUCUUUCUGGUGACAUUAUCCAGUUUGGGGUAGACGUGACGGAGAACACACGGAAAGGUACGGUUACCCAUGGGUGUAUUGUUUCCACAAUAAAACUUUUUCUACCAGAUGGUAUGGAAGCCCGACUUCGUUCAGAUGUCAUUCAUGCGCCAUUACCAAGUCCUGUUGACAAAGUUGCUGCUAACACUCCAAGUAUGUACUCUCAGGAACUCUUUCAGCUCUCUCAGUAUCUACAGGAGGCCUUACACCGGGAACAGAUGUUGGAACAGAAAUUAGCCACACUUCAGCGACUACUGGCCAUCACCCAAGAGGCUUCAGAUACCAGCUGGCAGGCUUUAAUAGAUGAAGAUAGACUCUUAUCACGGUUAGAAGUUAUGGGAAACCAAUUGCAAGCAUGUUCCAAAAACCAAACAGAAGAUAGUUUACGGAAGGAACUGAUAGCAUUACAGGAGGAUAAACACAACUAUGAGACAACAGCCAAAGAGUCUCUGAGACGGGUUCUUCAGGAGAAAAUUGAAGUGGUUAGAAAACUUUCCGAAGUUGAGCGAAGUCUGAGUAAUACUGAAGAUGAAUGUACCCACCUGAGAGAAAUGAAUGAACGGACUCAGGAAGAAUUAAGGGAAUUAGCCAACAAAUAUAAUGGAGCAGUUAAUGAGAUUAAAGAUUUAUCUGAUAAAUUAAAGGUAGCAGAAGGAAAACAAGAAGAAAUACAACAGAAGGGACAGGCUGAAAAAAAGGAAUUACAACAUAAAAUAGAUGAAAUGGAAGAAAAAGAACAGGAACUCCAAGCAAAAAUUGAAGCUUUGCAAGCUGAUAAUGACUUCACCAAUGAAAGGCUAACUGCUUUACAAGUACGGUUAGAACAUCUUCAGGAGAAAACUCUUAAAGAUUGCAGCAGCUUAGGGAUACAAGUUGAUGACUUCUUACCUAAAAUAAAUGGGAGCACAGAAAAAGAACACUUGCUUUCAAAGAGUGUUGGGAACUGCACUUUUAUUCAUCAAUUCAAAGAAUGCCAGAAGAAGCUGAUUGUCGAGGGGCAUCUAACCAAAGUGGUAGAAGAGACAAAGCUUUCAAAAGAAAACCAGGCAAAAGCAAAGGAAUCUGAGUUAUCAGAUACUUUGAGUCCAAGCAAGGAAAAAAGUAGUGACGACACUACAGACGCCCAAAUGGAUGAGCAAGACCUAAAUGAACCACUUGCUAAAGUGUCUCUAUUGAAAGAUGACUUGCAGGGUGUACAGUCAGAAAUUGAAUCAAAACAAGAAAUUCAGCAUCUUCGCAAGGAAUUGAUUGAAGCCCAGGAGCUAGCUAGAACAAGUAAACAAAAAUGCUUUGAACUUCAAGCUCUUUUGGAAGAAGAAAGAAAGGCCUAUCGAAAUCAAGUAGAGGAAUCCACUAAACAAAUACAAGUUCUUCAAGCCCAACUGCAGAGGUUACACUUGGAUACUGAGAAUCUCCGGGAGCAGAAGGACAGUGAAAUCACAAGCACUCGAAUUGAAUUACUUAGUGCCCGAGAUGAGAUUUUGCUUCUUCAUCAAGCAGCAGAAAAGGUUGCCUCUGAACGGGACACUGACAUUGCCUCUUUACAAGAAGAACUUAAGAAGGUGCGAGCUGAGCUUGAUCGGUGGCGGAAAGCAGCAUCUGAAUAUGAGAAAGAGAUCACGAGUUUGCAAAAUAGUUUUCAGCAGAGAUGUCAGCAGUGCGAGGACCAGCAGAAAGAGGAAGCGACAAGGCUACAGAGUGAACUAGAGCAACUGAGAAAGGAAUGGAAUGUGUUGGAAACUGAAUGCCAUUCUCUAAAAAAGGAAAAUGUUUUGCUAUCAUCAGAACUUCAGCGACAAGAAAAAGAAUUGCACAAUUCUCAGCAGCAGAGUUUAGAGCUUACCAGUGAUCUCAGCAUCCUUCAGAUAUCCAGGAAAGAGCUUGAGAAUCAAGUGGGAUCCUUAAAAGAACAGCAUCUUCGGGAUUCAGCUGAUUUAAAAACUCUUCUCUGUAAGGCUGAAAACCAAGCAAAGGAUGUACAAAAAGAGAGAUGGCAUAGGAGGACAGCAGAGGCCGAGGCAAAGGCACAGCCAGCAGCAGAACAGUCUCUGCUCUUUGACUGGGAGUCCAACUUGCAUUAUGAAAAGACACAGACUGUACUCUCAGAACUGAAGUUGAAGUUUGAAAUGACUGAGCAGGAAAAGCAGUCUAUCACAGAUGAGCUCAAACAAUGUAAAGACAACUUGAAGCUGCUUCGAGACAAAGGAAAUAAUCCUUCCAUAUUACAGCCUGUCCCAGCCGUAUUCAUCGGCCUAUUCCUGGCUUUCCUGUUUUGGUGUUUCGGUCCAUUGUGGUAGAGAAAGAAACCCUGGCCCUGGAUGCCCAUGUUGGCUGCCCUGGUGGCGGUGACAGCCAUUGUACUGUACGUGCCAGGCCUUGCCAGAGCUUCUCCAUGAGAACGUUUCUUGAGUCUGUACACCGUCCUCCCUCUAGAAGCUGGCACCACAUUCAUGCUGGGGACAAACAACCAUUUUCUUCCUUUUUACCUCUUAAAACAGCAGAAGUACAAGAACACAGCUAUAGGGUCAUUGCUUUAAAUUAUAUAAGAUGUUUCUGUCUAUAAAGAGGCUAUAAAUUGUGACUUUAUUCUACUGUAAGCAAUAACUUGCUUGCAAUUUUUCAUGUAAUUUUUAAAUUAGUGUGUUGAGAUUCUGAACAUUAUGGUGGCCUAAAGUAGGCUUCUUGGUACACCAAAUUAUUUAUAACAUUAAAUUUAUGGGUAUAUUACUCUGAAUUAUAGUGGCCAGAUCAUUCAUUUUUCUGAUUUGAUAACUACCCAAACCAGUCAAGCAAUUCAUACAUGGGAAGAGAGGCCCUGUGUGCUCAGUGCCUAUCAGUUUGAAAUAUAUACGCAUAUAUAUAUAUUUUUUACAUAUUUACGCCAUUUUUACUUGUUAUAAAACCACUGAGCUAUUGGGAACAAGACUUAGAGAUAACUUUGUGUGGAUUUUUUUUUUUUUUUUUAAGAAAUACACUUGGAAACUAUUCUGUUCUGGUGAUAAUUUGGGGGAAUAUGUGCACGCUUGUUCAGCCUUAAUGUGACUCGACGAUGUGGAAGACAUCAACUUUGAAAAACUUUCCAUGAGAGUGUGUAUUUUCUUGAGCAAACUGAAGUAUUUCUGGGAGCAAAAGCAUAGUAAUUACACAAUUUCAGUGUAGUAAACCAAACUGUUGAGUCAAUUAGAAUGUAAUUUAUUAAAACUCAUGUAUUUAAAGAGAUAUUUUCUUUUAAGCCAGGUUACUUUCUCAUACACAACAUUUUAGAAAGCAUGAUUUUUUUCUAUCAUCUCUUCCUCCAAGCAUGUUUAAUUGAAGAAAGAAUUAUCUCUUUAGAUAAGCUUUUACUGACUUAAUUUGGUUAUGAUACUUCAAAGCUAAUUAUUGUUGGAAGUGAACUGUUGUUACCUACCAACAGAUUUACUGGUUGGGUAUGCAAAUGGUUAUUUUCUUUUUAUUAUUGUUAACUGGGAAAUUCUGUUAAUGAGCACUGUUCCCAAGAAUAAUAGUGUUCCAUGCACAAUGAAGCACCUGAACACUGUUUGAUGUUAAAAAUUUACAACACAGAAGUGAGAGAUUAGUAUGGUUUUGUGCAGCACCACAGGUAUGUCAAUAAAGUUUAUUUAUGUCAAUAUUCUAAAGUAUCAAAUGGUUAAAAAUUUUCAGUCAGUGAAGAGUAGGAGGGAAUGUCAGUAAAUUGGUUUGAAUUUUCUGUGGCAAUCCACAGGUCUAGCCAAAUGUUGAAAUAGAAAUUUAGGAUAUAAUUUGCCUUGUGAUGUUUGGCAGUCAUUGUUUAUACAUUGAAAGUUAUAUUUUAAGAUAUUUGGGAUUUGUUAUUGGGAGGAUUACUAGAUUUAUGGAGGAAUUAGUCACAAAUGAAUUGUAGAAAAUGCUGUCAUAUAUAGUUCAUUUCAUCAUUUUCUGUUGCAGGAAGCCACUCCACCACAGAAUGCUAAUAUGCCAGUGGUACCCAGUACCUCUUGUAUAUAGGUUAUUGCAAAUAUUGUUCUGAAAUGCUUAACUUCAGAAUUACAUUUUUUAAAGUAAAUAAUUGUUUUAAAUCUAUUUUGUAAAGAUAUAAAGUACAAUAGAAUUUCUGGAGUACAGAUUAAACUAUUUGCACUAACACACGUGAUGUGCAUGAUUUAAUAAAAUAACUUUACUCUC